AAAAGAAAAAGAAGAGAAAUGAAACUUGUCACACAGCAAAUGACAGUCAGGAUUUGAAUUCUAGCAGUCUAGCCCCAGAGACUUAACCACAAAGCAAUUAAAAAAAAAAAAUCCUGACUUUAGACUGACUUUAGAUUUGUGCAUUUCCCCAUAUGAAAAUUGUGUCUUCCUAUAGUCAAAAAAAAGAAGAAGAAGAAAUGGGGAAACAAGUACUGAACUGGAGCUAAAGACUAGCAUGCAAAAGGGGUUUAGAAAUGAAAAGUACUGAUGCUUAUUUGAAAAAAAAAAAGAGUGAUUGACGAUAAGUAACAACAAAUAUGUACAAAUUGCUCAUUGUAAAUCUAAGUGGUAGAGAUAUGUUCACUCCACUCUUCCCAUUUCUAUCUGCAUUUGAACUUUUUAAUAAUAACAUUUAAAAAAACUAGACUAUGUCAUACAUUAAUGUUCUGCAGGGGGAACAUGGAGGAGGGGACAUGUGUGCAGUGGGGGAAGAAGCAGCAGAAAGCUAUUAAAUGUAGAGAAGGAAAGGUAAAAACAGAUGGACCAGACACCAGAGCUCCUCUUCACCCACUGCCUCCGCAUAUCUCCCCAGGCCUGGGGGUACAUACCUCAGCACCUGGCCACCUCUCCAUAGCCAUGCCACUAGGAGGUCUUCACCUAGAUAUCUGUACAGAAGGCCUCAGACCACUGCUCUGACUUAUCUGAGUUUACUACCAGAAAAUUGCCUUCUGCAGGAAGCCCUUUGGGAUGAACCAUAUCUUCCUUCACCAGCUUCUCAUCAACUCUGUUCUAAAUCUAUCAGAAGUGCUCAUCGUGCCUCCUUUCAUCAAGCACCCUGAUGAAUUCAGCUGUAGACCACCAGGCUAAACCUGCUAAAGCUCCCUGUCUCAUGUGGGAGCUGGCGGGGUGGGUGGGGGUGGGGUACCAUUCACACACUUCCACCAGGAUCCUGAGCUCUUGGCAGAUUCAGCGCAAAGCAGAAAAGUCCAUCAGGAAAGGCACCUGGAAGAGGUGGGCAUUCUGAUCUCCACGACUCUGGCAGGAGCAAAAAUGAUGCUGAGUUGGGGUGGGAGCAGGCUGGGGAGAAACUGGAGCCCUUAGUGACCAUCCCAAGGGUGUGAAAGGAAAGAUGUUGUAACCCCAACUCUCAGAGUGGAACUUCCUCUCCCCACCACACUGGGGAGGCACCCAGGCUCCGGAAGACAUUAAAGCCGAAGAAGGGAUGGGAACAUCUGGAUGUCAACACUUCUCAUCACCACCUGGGUGGCUCUGGUCAUCUGGAGUGUGUCUAAGCCACCAGCUCUGGAUAAGCUGGGAAUACUGACUAAUGGACAGACCCAUCACAGAGCCAGAUAAGGCUGAGCUGAAGAGAGACUUUGUGUAGGCCGGGGGUUCCUGGGACCCUGUGGGCUCUUGCUGCCCCCACAUGGUACACUGUCCACUUAGGGCACUACUGGCCAUGAGCCCUUCACACUUCCCCCUCCACCUGCACUCUGCUCCCUACUUCCCACAUCCCAGCAUUCCUUAGAAACCUGACGGGAUCUCCAUUUCAGCCCUUAGAGGGUACAUUUGGUUCUUGAGGUGAUGUCAGUGCCCCCCCAUACCACCGUGUGCCCUCAAACAGGAACCCGUGGUUGGAGGGCAGGAAGUUCCUGAGGGGAAGUUGCAGGGGCCCAGACAGUCUUCCACACCCCAGUCUCAGCUCAGACAUGCAGUGCCCCACUCUCUUGAGUUGUUUUGGGGCUGGGGGACAGCUCUUAGCUCCUGGGUAGCCAUGGACUGCAUCCGGUCACCCUCCUUUCCCAAUACCCAUGCUCACUGCAGACCCCACUCCUCUCCCUCCACCAGCUCUCUUACCAGCCUCUGAAACGUACCUCUGGCUGCAGAGGCUCCCGCAAACUGCCUGGUCAGAGGACAGGUGGGUAGACUCUGGAGCUGGGCAGAGCUAGCCCUGAACCCUGGCCUAGAUGUCCUAGCAAAAGUGCAGACUUGAGUUUCGGGUUCCUCAGCCUGCAAAUGUGCAACCCCAGUAGCCUGUGUGAUUAUGGGAAUGCCUGGUGACGAAUGAGAAGUGCCCAGCCCAGGGACAGCACAAUGAAGUGCCUCAGCUAGAAGAAUGAUUAAAACUGGAGGCCCCUAACUUCAGAUGAGGAACUUGGGACACAUGACCAGCCCCAGGCCAUUUAGCCUCCAGGUCAGUGCUCAGUCCCCAAGCAGCCUAAUGCCAGCUUGCAAUGGAUGAUAUGAAAUUUUACCUCUACGCGGGUUUGGGACUCACGGGGUUCCUGCUCCUGGCCAUGGUCAUUCUAUCUGCCUGUCUGUGUCAGCUCCAUAGGAGAGUGAAUCGGCUGGCGCGGAGCUGGGCCCAGGCCCAGCUGUCAGCAGAGCCAGAGCUGCACUAUGCGUCUCUGCAGAGGCUGCCUGUACAAAGUGGAAAGGGCACUGACCUUGACCAUGGAGAAGAAAAAAGCAUCAAGGAGGACCCCAAUGCUGACUACGCCUGCAUUGCUAAAAGCAAGCCCACCUGAGCACUCACUCAUACCCAUAGGACACCUGCCUCACCCCCAGCAAGCGAGCAGGGCCACCCUGAGGUUCUCCCAGUAAAGAAUAUGAUCAUGUCA